GUUACUUAGGCCGGCGACACCGCAUUUUUGACAUCUAGCCGUAUACGUUAGAUACCUGUGAACAACACGAACGGCAAGCACACUCAGCAUUCGCCAUCUUUGAGAGAUAUUCGUCGACAAUACUUUCAGCUCUUUAGUAGUUUCUCUCCUUUCCACCAUUAUAUUUAACCAUUGUGACAUAUUAGCAUUUCAUCUGAGAUGCGUCAUUGCACACGGAUGUACUCUCAGGUUGAGUUUCUUGACGAGUACAGCUGGGAAGGAAGAAUGGAAUAUCGGAAACGCAAAGCUAGGGAUUCGCACAGCAGCGAACGAGAAAACAAGUACAGAAGAACUCAUCGACAUCACAAGACAAGUGACGGUUUCUUUCUGGAGAAUCGCAGUUUGAACCACAGCGUGGACUCCAGAGGCAGGGACACCUGGGAGCCCAGUUUGGAUACGGCCUCCGCAGAGGACAGUCGUGACCGCGUCUACAAGGAGCGAGAUCGAGACUGGCACCAUUACAGCAAGUCUUCCGGACGAAGCGGGCGCAGCGGAAGAAGCCGACGGAGCAGACACAGAGACAGACGGCACAGGCGCAGCCACUCCCGUCACAGGUCCUCCUCGAGGAGGAGCCAUCGCCGCAGGAAAAGAUCCAGGAGUGUUGAGGAUGAUGACGAGGGUCACCUCAUCUAUCACAAUGGAGACAUGCUGAAAGCGAGAUAUGAGAUUGUGUGUACUCUUGGAGAGGGUGCCUUUGGGAAGGUUGUCGAAUGCCUCGAUCGCCUCAAUAACGGCGCUCGAGUGGCUCUGAAGAUCAUAAAAAACAUUGAUCGUUACCGUGAUGCAGCAAAGUCUGAGGUUGCUGUGCUUGAACAUCUUAAGUCCCUCGAUGCUCAGGGCAAAUACGCUUGUGUUCACAUGCUAGACUGGUUUGACUACCACGGGCACAUCUGCAUCGCCUUUGAGCUGCUCGGCCUCAGUACCUAUGAUUUCCUCAAGGAGAACAACUUCAUUCCUUUACCCAUAGAGCACAUCCGAAAAAUGGCUUAUCAGAUCAUUCGCGCUGUUAGAUUUCUGCACAAAAACAAGUUGACCCACACAGACCUGAAGCCUGAAAACAUUCUCUUCAUUGAUUCAGCAUACGAUCUGGAUUACAAUCCAACCAAGAAACGUGAUGAACGGACAUUGAAGAGACCUGAUAUAAAAAUAGUGGAUUUUGGAAACGCGACGUAUGAACAUGAGCAUCACACAUCUGUGGUGUCCACACGUCAUUACCGUGCUCCGGAGGUCAUUUUAGAUCUUGGCUGGGAUCACUCGUGCGAUGUCUGGAGCGUGGGCUGCAUCCUCAUCGAAUACUACCUCGGUUCAACUCUUUUCCAGACUCACGACAGCAAGGAACACCUGGCUAUGAUGGAGAGGGUUCUCGGCCCGAUUCCUUCAAAUCUCCUCCAGAAAACCAGGAAGCAGCGGUAUCUCCACCACAACAAACUGGACUGGGAUGUCGACAGCUCCGGUGGUCGAUAUGUCAGAAAACACUGCAAACCACUCAGGCGGUACAUGGUGUCUCAAAGCGAGGCGCAUCAGCAGCUGUUCGACCUCCUGGAGAAGUUAAUGGAGUACGACCCAGCUAAGCGCAUCACGUUGGAUAAAGCGCUUCAACACCCCUUUUUCGCCUGCUACCAAUAGAGCUAUGGAAUCCCAGGAAUGCCAAAAUUAAAAUAUGAAUGAAUAUGUAAAUAAAUAAAUAGAAGAAUGAAUGAAUAAAAAAUAUGUGAAGAUUUAAAAGUAUAUUCUGUCAUUGACUUUUUGUCAUUGAAAAUCACAAAUGGAAAAAAAAUGACAAUUUUUGUCAUGACUUUUUUUCAUGGAAAAAGAAAACAAAGGCAACUUUUUGCCAUUUCAAUGGCUUUUACCUUUUCUCGUUGAAAAACAAAUGGCAUUUUUUUCCCUCCCCUUUACCUUUUCUAUUUUGCUUGUCAUUGUCUUUACUAACUUUUGCCUUUGACAGACCAUUCCUUUUGGUAAAAGCAAUCGUAUGGCGUUGGGAAGGGCUUUCCAAACAGGAAAGGGUUAGUUAUUGACAGUAUUUGUCUUGGUGACCGGGUAGCUGGCUGGGGCGACCCAUCCAGCCUAUCAACUGCUGCUCUCAGCAGUUGUGAAGAGGAUCGUAUCUCUAAAUGAAUAAUGAAUCAAAAAUCGGUAAUUGGCUAUCGACUACUAUUCCUGUUUGGAAAGUCCCUCAUAACGCCCUUUGAUUGACAGACCGUUCCUUUCCCUAAAAGCAAAGACUAUGACAAGUUAAAUAGAAAAGGCAAAGAAAUUGCCAUAUUUUUUCCCCGUUUUUCCAAAGUCAAAAAGUAAGUAUGACAAAGUAUAGUUUUAUAUUUUCAUUUAUUCCUCUUUAUUUUGGCACUCCUGUGAUUCUAUAUAGUGGAGCAGUGCAAGCCUCAGCUCCAGUUUAAAAAAAAAAAAAAAAACAUUGAGCACCUGAAGCUUUUGGUCACGUAACAUCUUAAACACGGUGCUCAAUUCCAGCCUCAACAUCCUCACUCUCCGGGAGAGGUGAACGCUCAAGACUGUAUCAGUCUUCCUACACGUCCUGAUGCAAAGACUUAGUCCCAUCUCAUUCAUCUUUUCUAAUGUACAACUUUAUUUAUUUUCCACUUUAUAGAUUAAGUGCUCAACUGUCUUUUUUUUUUUUUCCUUCCAGCGUUGGUCCAAAUUAAGUCCUGGUCUUUUUGUAUCUUUUGUCAAUAAAAAAAGUGUCUUUUUCAGUAGCAUUAUAUAGAAUCUUGAGGCUGGAAUUGUUUGUAUUGUACAUAGAACUGAUUCUGGCGUUUUUUUUGUUCGCUUUUCUCAAUAAAAUGAAUCCUGUCAA